GAAAAUUUUUCACACUGCAAUACCAUUUUUCUCUCAAAAUCCGAUUUUUUCUCAUCAACAUAGCGGUUUCCGACGAAAGAGAUAUACGUCGGAGACAUGGAAAUGGUAGACACAGCGCCGGAGCCGACGUCGGCGAUAGAACUCGAACGUCGUAAGCUUCGUGAACGGUGGGAGUUGGCCUCCGUUCUAAAUUUUCUCACCGUUUUUGAGCCAGUGCUUGAAAUCAAAUUGAAAAUUUCAGCUGAGGAGAUAGAAACAGCCCUCAUUGAGUCAAAUGAUAAUCUUGCGCAGCUGCAUAUAGUGCUUCUGAAGGGGAUACCUCCUGUGAAUAAACUACUGAAGGAUUCUGAUGGAUGGGUGAUAGCACUUAGCAAGAAACUUGAAAUGUGGUGGCCAUGGGUUGCAGAAGGGAAUUUCCCUUUGACUGCGAAAAAAGGAGAGGAAAUGUCCACAUACAAGGCACUCAACCCGACAACUCGCCUGCUUGUCCUUAAAGCACUCUGUGAAAUACGAGCUGAUCAAAGUGACACCAUAUCUUACAUUAAUGAUGAAACGAAAAAUAGAACCGAUUCUACUGCUUUCCGCAAAGAGAAGCUUGGGGGCAAUGGAAAUGAAGUUUCAUACUGGUAUGACGGGAAUGAAACUCUUGGUCAUAGAUUAUACAAGGAAGUUUAUCAAGUUGAGUCCAUGUCAAAAGUAAAGGACAAGAAAAGGAUAUCAGCGAUAACUUCUCAGUGGGAGACGCUUGCAACCACUUUUGAAGAAUUCCAGAAUUUUGUGGAGAAGUUCUCAUCAAGUCAAGUUAAAUGGGAAGCUGAUGUGGGCAAGGCUGUUGAAGCUCAUGCUAUUCCUGCUCUUCAGAAACUUCAGAGGAAGAAAGAUAAGGCACAGAAGCGACAACAAAGAGAACAAAGGCUAGAAAGCUUAAGAAGCCUUGCCGUUCAUCGUUCUAGCCGGAUUCGUAGGCCAGUCAAUUACACAUGUGACGAUUUUGACAGAGCAAUCAAGGAGGCUAUAUCAGUAACAAACAAAAGGAAGGCAACUGAAGACUCAACAAGUGAAACUAGACUGAAUGAGCAUGGCCCUAGGAAUGAAACCAAUUUGCUGGACUCCUCUCCUGCAUCUAACUCAAUAAGCAGUGAUGCAGCAGACAGUGAAUCUGAGAGUGACAGACCUCAAGAAAGCAAUGAAGCUGUCGAUGAUACCAGUGAUGAGGUUGAUGAAGCUGAUCUUGAUGAAGAUGGUACUGUCUCAAUGAAGGGAAAUGGUCAGUUAUACCAUAGGCCAAGCAGUUGUCGUUACAGUAAGAGACUUGCUGGAGUGACUGGCUAUGCUGUUCCAGAAAGCACUCAUAUUGGUGCAAAAUAUAGGUUGAGGCAGAGACCUAGCAUUAAUACAGCUGCUAAGUCUGUUGUCAUUCUUGAUUCUGAAGAUGAAAAUUGAUCAAGAUAACAGGAGGGCCUGCCGUGAGAACUGAUCUCUGUUUUGGUGCAGUUUCAUCCAAGCCAAAUGAAUAUAGGUUGGCAAAAGCAAAUUAGUUGCUACCACCUUAAUCAUAAUUUUGUCCCUGUAGUAAUAGCUAGCAACAUGACUUCAGAAGAUUGUCUGUAAACUUGUGUAAGGCAGUAAGUUCACUUAAUGCUUCAUUAGUUUUUUGUGCUAUUAUGCAUUCAUUAUGUUCUCUGCUUGACAGCACUUGUUGAAUCUCAAGAAAAAUGUAAGAUUACCUUGA